AUGGCGCUUCCGGACUGGACAAUAACACUGGUUGCCACUGCAUCCCUCUUCUGUUUCUUAUGUUUGUUUCUGCGCUACAGGCGAACCGCACAGGUGUUUUGGAGGAAAUUAAUCAGUAAGAUAAUGGCCCGCUCGGAGAAGCCAUUGUUCCGAAUUGCGUACACACUUUACACCAGGACCAGACUUGGCUACAUGUAUUAUAAGAGGCAAAUGAGGAAAGCCAGGGAAAACUAUCCAGCUGGACAUUCCAUAUCGUGUCCUGUUGAGUUUCAUGGUAUCAAAAUAAUCCCAAUCUCAGUGUUGUCUGACAACUACAGCUACCUUAUUAUUGACACAUCCUCCAGUGUUGCAGUUGUCGUAGAUCCCGCAGAUCCUCAAAUUGUUCAGUCAGUUCUUGAGGAAGAAGGAGUGAUGUUGGAAGCUAUCUUGUGCACACACAAGCAUUGGGACCAUAGUGGGGGAAACAAGUGGUUGAAGAAGCUUCACAGUUCAUGCCGAGUGUAUGGAAACGCAGCUGACAACAUUCCUGCUCUCACGCACCCUCUCUCACACAAGGACUCACUUGUUAUUGGGCGAAUGCACUUUAAGGCCCUGUUCACUCCUGGACACACAGUGGGCCACAUGAUCUACCUCCUGGAUGGCCAAGCGGCCGAUGCCCCCUCCAGCGUCUUCUCCGGUGACCUGGUGUUCCUCUCAGGAUGUGGGAGGAUGUUUGAGGGCAGUGCCACAACAAUGCUUUCAUCCCUGGACACCGUGGGCACUCUUAGUGAUGAUACUCUCUUAUGGCCUGGUCAUGAGUAUGCAGAGGACAACUUGCUGUUUGCUGCUGAGGUUGAGCCACGCAACACUAUCAGAGAGAGCAAGUACCAGUGGGUGCUGCAGCAGCGAGGCCAGAAGCUUUGUACGUGUCCCUCUACUAUUGGGGAAGAGAAGCAGUACAACCCUUUCUUGCGGAGCCAGUCUUUGGAGCUCCACCGGGCUCUGGGGAUCCAGCAGCUCCAGGAUGAGGACUGGACAGAGUUCAGGGCACGGGUGUUGGAGGAGCUCCGGAAACGCAAAGACCUGUACAACAGGAGAUAA